GAGGCGGGGCUAGGGCCGGGGUAGCCCGCCUUCAUGGCGCUGCCUGGCUCGGCGGUGCAGCUCCGCCGCAUCCUGGCGCACUUCCCGCAAGAGCUCAGCCUGGCCUUCGCUUAUGGCUCCGGCGUCUUCCGCCAGGCGGGGGCGGCCGCUGGGCUCAGCGCGAACGAUAUGUUGGACUUUGUGUUUGCUGUGGAUGAUUCUGUGACUUGGCACAUGAUGAACUUGUUAAAGAAUAAGAGUCAUUAUUCUUUCCUAAAAUUCUUGGGGCCAAAACAAAUAAGUAAUAUACAGAACUAUGGAGCUGGAAUUUACUACAACACUUUAGUGCCUUUUCAUGGUAGGAUGAUAAAAUAUGGUGUAAUUGGCACAAAGUUCUUGAUUGAAGAUUUGCUUCACUGGAAAACUCUCUAUGUUGCUGGACGCCUACAAAAGCCGGUAAAAAUUCUGACCCAAAAUGAGAAUGGCAAGCUACAAGCUGCCCUUGUUAGCAAUUUGAAGAGUGCAGUCACAGCAGCCUUUCUCAUGUUGCCAGAAAGUUUCUGUGAAGAAGAUCUCUAUAUGCAGAUUGCAGGACUUUCCUACUCUGGUGACUUCAGAAUGAUAAUUGGAGAAGACGGGUUAAAGGUGCAGAACAUUGUGAAACUUAAUGUGCCCCAUUUUCAGAAGCUCUAUGCUAACAUAUUACAGGACUGCCCUCAGGUAGUAUAUAAGCAUCAGCUUGGAAGGCUGGAGAUUGAUAAAAGUCCAGAAGGUCAAUUCACACAAUUAAUGGCUUUGCCCAGGACGCUGCAACAAAAGUUAACUGCUCUUGUAGACCCUCCUGGCAAGAACCGAGAUGUGGAAGAGAUUUUACUGCAAGUUGCCCAUGACCCUGACUGUGGAUUAGUGGUACGCCAGGGCAUUUCAGGAAUUGUGAGGUCUUCCAGUUUAGUGCAGAGUGCUAAAACCAUUCUAACAGCUGCUCGGAAGAAGUCAUGGUGCAGGCCUCAAGAAAUUUCUUACACAUGCACCUAACUUCAAGACCCUUUAUCCAGACCACACAAGGAUGAGAUGACAUUCCAGAGCUGCUCAUCAUCUUCAAUUCACACUUUAUACUCAAGUUUAUGCCUAUUGCCUUUUAGAAAGUAAUGUUUUAAUAGUGUUUGGGGCCCCUAGUAGUUUGACUAAAAUAACUAUGGAAGUAGAAACAGUUGUGUCCUGAAUGCUGAUCUGGUUCUUUUAAAAUCAGUUUUAUAGUUGUGUUGCAUUAUAGGAAAGGAAGGUAGUGAGCCUAUUGCCCAUCUUUCCUUGUUAAUUUGAAGAAAUUGAAGAAUCCAUCAGUGAUAGGCUAACAGAAGGCAGUAUUUUAAAAGAUGGCCAACAUGGCUUCAUUGCUGGCAAGUUCUGCUUGACCAGCCUCAUCUCCUACAGUCUCAGGUAACUUGCCACCUGGAUAAGGAAGAUGAGGCUGAUGUCGUAUAGUUGGAUUUUAAAAAAUUCAUUAUCAUUUUAAAAAAUUAAAAAAUCAUAUAUUGACUCCCCUGUGAAAUCCUAUGAAACAUGAGCUUUCUUUUCUACCUGGGAGAACCUUUACAAUCUUUUCUCCAAUGCCUGAUGAAAGGUGCUUGUGCCUGAAAGCUGGCAAUUAAAAAAUUUUUUUUGCAAAAAUCUUGUUGGUCUAAUAAAAGAUAUCAUCUCUACUAGGAGUCCUGAUUGGAUUUUAAAAAGGCCUUUGACUUGGUCUCCCAUGAUGUCCUCAUAGUAAAAUUGGGAAAUUGUGGCCUCAACAACUUAACAGUCUGGUGGCUAGGAAACUGGCUCCAAGGUCAGAUCCAGAGAGUAUUAAUAGAUGGAACUGAAUCAACAUGGCGAAAGGUGACCAGUGGUGUCCCUCAGGGUUCAGUACUCAGACCAGUACUUUUCAACAUAUCCAUCAGUGAUUUGGAUAUGGGUGUGAAAAACGUACUGGCAAUGUUCAUGGAUGACACCAAGUUGUGGGCGAGUGCGGUCACACUGGAGGAUGGGCUGAGGAUACAGGCUGACCUGGACAGGCUUGUAAGGUGGGCGAAUCAAAACCUAAUGAUGUUUAACACUGAGAAAUAUAAAGUGAUCUGGAGAGAAAUAAUCUGCAACAUACUGAUAGACUGGUUGGUGCUGCACUAGCUAGCAACACAACUGAAAGAGAACUGGGGGUCAUGAGCAAUCACAGAAUAAACAUGAGCUACCAGUGUGAUGCUAUAGCCAGGAGAGUGACCAGUACACUCCCAUGCAUCAACCAGUGCAUCUUAAGCAAGACUAAGGAUGUCAUCCUCCCACUGUACUCAGCAUUGGUGAGGCUGCAGUUGGAGUACUGUGUCCAGUUCUGGAUGCUGCACUUCAAAAAGGAUGUGGAGAAGCUUGAAAGGGUCCAAAGGAGGGCCACAUGAAUAAUUAGAGGUCUGUCUGGAGAACAAAUCAUAUGAGGAAAGGCUGAAGGACAUGGGACUGUUCAGCCUGCAUAGCAGAAGACUUAGUGGGGACUUGGUGGCAGCCUAUAAAUAUAUAAGGGGUGAACAUCAGAAGCUGAGAGAGCAUCUGUUCACCAAGGCACCCCAGGAAGACCAGAAAUAAUGGACAUAAACUGCUAAAAGAAUGUUUCAGAUUGGAUAUAAGGAAAAACUUCUUUACAGUUAGUGUCCACAGUCUGGAACCCCCAGAGGAGGUACAGUCACCUAUCCUGGAGAUCUUCAAAAGACAAUUGACACACACCUUCCUGGGGUCCUCUGCCCCUAGCAGUCUUUCCUGCCUAAGAGCAAGGGAGCUGAACCUGAUGAUCUUGUGAGGUCCCAUCCAGCUCCUAAUUUUUAUGAACUUGUGCUUUUGCCUCCCAAGCACCUAUUCUUGAGGUCCCUGCAUGGGGGAGGGUUUCAGUUUCAUAGUAGCUAGGGUCAGGAGGGACCUGAACAGAUCACCUAGCCUGACCCCCUGCCACAGGCAGGAAUGAAUGCUGGGUUCACAAGACCCCAGACAGGUGAUUGUCCAACCUCCUCUUGAAUUUGCCCAAAGUAGGGGCGAGGACCACUUCACUGGGAAGUUGGUUCCAGAUUUUGGCCACCCUAACUGUAAAAUAUUGCCUUCUGAUCUCUAACCUAAACCUAUUUUCCAUCAGCUUAUGACCAUUGUUCCUCUUCACCCCAGGUGUUGCCUGUAUGUAUGCUGUGGAUUCCUUCUCCCAAGGUGUAGCACCCUGCAUUUGUCUGCGUUGAACCCAAUUCUAUUCUCAUCUGCCCACUUUUGUAGUCUGUCUAAAUCUAGUUGCAGCCUUUCUCUCCAUUCAAGUGUGUCCACCUCACCCCACAUCUUAGUGUCAUCAGCAAAAUUGGACAGUGUGCUUUCCACCCCCUCGUCCAAGUCACUGAUGAAGAUGUUAAAUAAUGUGGGCCUGAGGACCGAGCCCUGGGGUACCCCACUGUUCACAUCUCACCAGGUUGAGUACAACCCGUCCACCACUACUCUCUGGGUGCGCCCCAUCAGCCAGUUUUUACCCAUGCAACUGUGCAGGCAUCAAUGCCGCAGUCACUUAAUUUAUUGAUGAGGAUGCGGUGAGAGACAGUGUCAAAGGCCUUCUUAAAGUCUAGAAAGACUAUGUCCACGGUGACACCAUCAUCCAAGGAUUUAGUUACUUGGUCGUAAAAGGCAAUUAGGUUGGUCUGGCAGGACCUGCCUUUGGUGAACCCAUGCUGAUUCCCCUGAGCAUGAUCUCCCCUGCAGGCCCCCCACAGAUAUGCUCCUUGAUGAUCCUCUCCAAGAGCUUCCUAAGCACCGAGGUGAGGCUUACAGACCUAUAAUUACUUGGUUCCUCCUUCCUCCCCUUCUUAAAAAUAGGGACCACAUUAGCCAGUUUCCAGUCCCCCGGCACCUGGCCAGAUGACCACGAAUGCUCAUACAGCUGGGCCAAAGGCUCCGCGAUGACCCCUGCCAGCUCCCUCAACACCCUUGGGUGGAGGGCAUCUGGACCUGCAGAUUUAAAAAUGUCUAGCCCUUCCAAAAGAUCCCUAACUACAUCUGCACUGACUGAAGGCUUGAUAGAGCUGUCCCCAAGAUUGUCCCUACCUCUGGUAGGUGGGAUAUCCUGGUCCCUGUUCAGGAAAACAGAGACAAAGAAACUGUUAAAAAUAUCAGCUUUCUUGUCUGGCGUGGCCACCAGAUUACUGUUUGUGUCUUGCAGGGGCCGUACAUUGCCUAGUGCCCUCUUCUUGCUCCCAAUGUACUUGAAAAAGGAUUUUUUGUUGUCCUUAAUCCUGGACGCUAGCCUGAGUUCCAUCUCUGCCUUGGCCUUCCUAAUAGCCCUCUUACACUCCUGGGCCGUACUCCUCCUUGGUGAUAGCUCCUCCCUUCCACUGGUUGUACGCGUCCCUUUUAGUCCUCAGGCAUUGCUGAAUGCCCUUGCUGAGCCAAGGGGGUUUCUGAGCACUCUUGCUCCCCUUGCUUUUCUCAGGGACUGUUAUCUUUUGGGCUUGGAGGAUCACCCCCUUAAGGUACAACCAUCCCUCGUGGGCUCCCAUCUCCCCUACCUUCUGGGCCCUUAGUGCCUUCCCCACUAGUCUCCUAAGCUCAUUGAAGUUGGCCCUUCUGAAGUCAAGGGCUUUAGCCUUGGUAUGAGCCCUAGAUGCCCUGCGUUGGAUAGUGAAAUUCAGCAGGUGAUGAUCGCUAUUGCCCAGGUGGUCAAGGACCUGCAGUCCCCUCACCAGGUCAUCCCCCAUGGCCAGGACCAGGUCCAGCAAGGCGUUACCCCUAGUGGAGCUGUGCACUUCCUGGAGGUUCUGUAAUACAGCCAGGAACCUACACAAGUGGUCAGACCUGGCGCAACCCCCCCACCUUUCCUCUCUGUCCUGUCUCUUCUAUAUAGGGUGUACCCCUGAAUGCCCACCGCCCAGUCAUAGGUAGGGUCCCACCAGGUUUCUGUGAGCCCUACUAAGUCUGGGUUCUUACUUGCAAUCAGGAGGCAUAGUUCUUCCUGCUUACACCCCAUACUACGAGCAUUAGUGUAGAGGCACCUGAAGCCUCCUGAGGGUGCUCGUGCCUUCCUCCCACUCCCGGGACAGUUGUGGUGGUAAUGCUGUUCACUGUAAAAUGGCUCUCCCCUAACUGGUUGUGCCAAUCAGCUGAUCAGCAGGCCUGGGCAGGGGACAGCCCCUGGAGGCUGUGAUUGCUACCUGCUGCCAUUGAUAUGAGACUGGGUAGGGGCAAUGGUUCUGGGCACCCUGACAGUCACUAGGUGGGCUGUCAGGGAGCCAGCCCCUCUCCCUUCCUCCCACCCUGGUGGAUCAGGGGAGGGAGAACAUUGGAAUGUGAGAUACUGGGGGUUCUAGGGACCCCUACUGUUCCAUGUGUAAGUGUACCACCAUUACACAUGUCUCUAGGAAACUGCUCUCUGGUGAAGACUGUUCUCCAGUGCUCUCUGAGGGCAUUUUUACACAUGCAAGCGCUUCAGCGCCAGGCACCUUGAAAAGCACCCAGUGCUGCGAUGCUUGCAGUUGUAUAAGUGGCAAAAUGCAUAUCAGCACUGAGAAAAUGGUGGUGGCAUGCUUUUGAACUGUAACACAUCAGAGGUGCUUUAGUUCAAAAGUGCACCACUGCCAUUUUCUGUGCACUGACGCACAUUUCACUAUUAUACAACUGCAUGUGGCACAGCACAGUUCGCCUCAGCUCAUGUGCAGAGCGGACUCAAUCAAGUCUGCUCCGAAGCAGUGGAUCUCCAGUGUGUCGCAGGACAGAAGAGUAUGUGUAUAAAUGCCCUGAAAGAGCUGCCAGUUUGUGAUAGAAUCACUUUUUUCCCACCAGAAACCAUUUGAAUGCUUGUGCACUUACUUUUUUGCAUCAGGAAAAGGGUGCGUUACCUGAUGCAAAUGUAAUGCCUGUCCACAGCCUUUUUUGUGUUAUGGCUACUGGUCCACCUGAAAGUAUGCAGAGAUAUGAGCCUUCCAGAUGCAGCACUGUUUGAAAAGGAUCCAGGCUUUUAACUACCUUUUUAAAGCCAGUUACUUGUCAUAGGUUGAGGUCUCAAACCUGCCCUCCUAUAGAAGUAUGUCACAGAAAAACUAUUGUAUUGUUACUGAAUCUACUUUGUGAGCAAACUUUUCAACUUGUGCUUCAGUGCGAAUAAGGGAAGAGAGAAUUUCCAUAGGCAGACCUGCCUAUAUAGCUAAUGUUGUUUGACACUAUAUGGCUUGUAACUUUGCUAAAUUUUAACAAAUGAGGCUAAAAAUUUUCAUAUUUUGCGAAGUUGUGAAUUUGGAAAGUUUUAACCCCUAUGGUUGGGUCAUGUCAGAGAUUUUACCACAGGGAGAGCAUUUUGUUUAACACACAUCUCCUUUUUUUACAGCCAUCUACUUGAGAAGCUCUAUCACUUCAUGAAAAAUCUGGCAGGGGGUCACAGUGGGGUCAUGAAGGCAUCUUUUGCCAUUCCCCCAAACUGAACUUCUAAAAAUUGAGUUAGCAUGUGUCACAGAGCACGGAGGUGCCCUGUUCCUAGAGAGGGGAAAACUGCCAGGGAGAGAGCCCUAGCAAGCAAUAAGGAGCCCAGCUGGAGGUUGCCAGGGCAACCAGGAGGUCAGCUGACUGAAAGGGGCAAGGCCUGGCCCUUAUAAAGGAGCAGAGGCCUGAGGCAGUUCCCUGCCAGCAGCCAGAGAGGCAGGAGCUCCCUAAGGCAGGAUGUGAGGAGAAGCUGAACUGCAGGUAUAGCUUGACCUGAGUUGAGCAAUGUUGUUUUAGCCGAGCAGCUCUAAGUUAUGUUAUAGCCUAGAGGCUUGUGUUUUGCGUUGUUGUUGUUAUGACCGGUGGUUUGGGUGAGGCUAUUAGGGGUUGGAGGAGGCCUCAUAGGGGACUGACAGCGGAGUGUGAGGACCCCAGUGCCCAGGUAGGGGUGCAGCAUAAGGGGUACAUAGACCCCAGCUCCCAGAGGGGGGCACUAUUGAGAAGCCCCAGUGCGGGCGUGGCGAGCCCCAGAGAUGGGGCAGCAUUAUCGGGAAGCCCAAGUGUGGGCGUGGCGAGCCCCAGAGAGGGGGCAGCAUUAUCGGGAAGCCCAAGUGUGGGCGCAGCGAGCCCCAGAGAGGGGGCAGCAUUAUCGGGAAGCCCAAGUGUGGGCGCAGCGAGCCCCAGAGAGGGGGCAGCAUUAUCGGGAAGCCCAAGUGUGGGCACGGCGAGCCCCAGAGAGGGGGCAGCAUCAUUUGAGAGUCCAAGAGUGAGCACGGAGAAGGAAGGCCCAGGGAGAACAGGAAGGGGCCAAGGAGGGAUAGAAUUGAGACAAUGGUGAUUCCAUCGGCAAGGUGUGGACUGCAGUGUAGGGGAGGAAACGGAGCCGCAGACAUCGCCCCCUAGCGGCGGGGCAGUAUAAGGGCAGCCUCCAGUAUGACAUGCAGAACGAGACCCAAAAUAAAUAUGUCUCGCCCCAUCUUUUAUAGCCUUGUCAAUUAAUACUAAUUAAUUAAUCAAGAACAAGGCAUGGCAGGCGAGUAGGCGGGUGGUUGCCCCAGGAACAGGUGUGGGCCACGUUAAGGGCGGCCCAGAGUGGGCACCUGUCACAGCAUGCUAAUUUAAUAUCUAAAUACACUGACAAUUGUACUGGAUGUGCUCUGUCCUAGGGAUACAGAUGCUGACCAGACCUCUGUGCAAUUUUUCUUCACAAUAUUCCUAGCACUGAUGAGCACAGAACUGUGAGAAAGGAAACUAUAUCUUGUGCUCUCAAUUCUCCUCCUGCCAUUGACCAGGCAGUGAAAUGGAGGAAGUCACCUGAUUUGAAGGAAUAGGAACUGGUGCAAACAAUAGAACAGGAGCAGGAAGUAACCUCUACAGCUAGUUUGAGGGAGAAGAGGAGAAAGAGACUGAGUAAUUAUAUAGCAUUAGAGGGGGAAGAAGGCCAGGAGCUGGGAGACAUGGUCAGAAAGGCCUGAAGUCAUUAGGCCUCUGACAUCUUACAUUUAAGACACUAUUGGGUUUGAGUCCCAACCCCUGUUGACAACCAGAUGAUUGGUGUCAUUUUGCUGGUGCAGGUACCAGCAAGUAAGGGGCAAUUGGGAUCUAAUCCCAGCCAUGGUUGAGACCGAGGAUUGUAUCCCACCAUGCUUUAUGAUGAAUGUCAGGGUCCAUAGAGCUUAUUCCCUUUCAGAACCAGGGAAUAAAUCUAAGAAUCAGUUAAAUUGUUAGAGAAGACUGUGCCAGAAAUCGAAGGGUCUUGAUCCUGCUGAUUAAUCCAAUAGUGGGGUCCAUAACCAGGUAGGUCCCCAGUCCCCAUCCUGCAGUCUACCCAGGCACUCACACUGACCUGGGAAUCCAGAAUCAUAGAAAAUUAGGGUUGGAAGGCACCUCAGAAGGUCAUCUGGUCCAGCCCCUGUUCAAAGCUGUUUCCAACUAGAUUAUUCCAGCCAGGGCUUUGCUGAGCUGGGCCUUGAAAACCUCCAAGGAUGGAAAUUCCACCACCUCUCUAGGAAACCUGUUCCAGUGCUUCACCGCCCUCCUAGUUAGAGUUUUUCCUAAUAUCCAGCUUAUGCCUUCUUUGCUGCAACUUGAGACCAUUGCUCCUUGUUCUGUUAUCUGCUGCCACUGAGAACAGAAAUUCUAUCUUCUUUGGAACCACCCUUCAGGUAGUUGAAGGCUGCUACUAAAUCCCCCCUCAGUCUUCUCUUCUGCAGACUGAAUAGGCCUCAGCUUCUCCUCAUAAGUCAUGUGCCCCAACCCCCUAACUAUUUUUGUUGCUCUCACACAAUACUCUAGAUGUGGCAUCACAUGUGCAGAAUAGAGGGAAUUAAUUAUUUCCCUUGAUCUGCUGGCAAUGCUUCUACUAAUGCAGCCCAGCAUGCUGUUAGCCUUCCUGGCAAUAAGGGCACACAGUUGACUCGUAUCCAGUUUGUUAUCCAUUGUAAACCCUAAGUCCUUUUCUGCAGAGCUGCUGCUUAGCCAGUUGGUCCCAAGUCUGCAGCGGUCAGUGCAUGAGACUCUUCCAUACGCACAUGCCCUUACGAACCUCAUGAGAUUUCCUUUGGCCCAAUCUUCCAAUUUGUCUAGGUCACUCUAAAUCCUAGCCCUACCUUCCAGCAUAUCUACUACCCUCCCCCCAGCUUGGUGUCAUAUGCAAACUUGCUGAGAGUACACUCCAUCCCAUCUUCCAGAUCGUUAAUGAAAAUACUGAACAAAACUGGCCCCAGGACUGGCCCCUGUGGCACUCCAGUUGAUAGUGGCUGCCAACUAGACCUCGAGCUAUUGAGCCUGAUGAUCCAGCCAGCUUUCCGACCACCUUACAGUCCAUCCAACACAAUUCCUUUGCUUGCAAGAAUGCUAUGGGAGAUGGUAUCAAAGGCCUUGCUCAAGCCAUGUACAUAGGGUCCACUGGUGUCCCCACAUCCAUAGAGCUAGUGAUCUCGUCAUAGAAGGCAAUCAGUUUGGUCAGGUAUGACUUGCCUUUGGUGAAUCCAUGCUGACUGUUCCUGAUCACUUCCUUCUCCAGGUGCUUAGAAAUGGAUUCCUUGAGGACCUGCUCCAUCAUUUUUCCAAGUGAGGCUGAUAGGUCUGUAGUUCCCUGGAUUUUCCCUCUUCCCUUUUUGAAUGAUGGGCACUGUAUUUGCUCUUUUCCAAUUGUCUGGGACCUCCCAUUUGCCGUGAGAUAAUGGCCAGCAUCUCUCUAAUCGCAUCAGCCAACUCCCUUAAACCCUCAGAUGCAUCCCUUCUGGUCCCAUGGACUUCUCUGCAUCCAGCUUUUCUAAAUAGUCCCUAACCUGUUCUUUCACCACUGCGGGCUGCUUGCCCUCUCCCCAAACUGUGCUGCCUGGUGCAGUAGUCUGGGAACUGACCUUGCCUGUGAAGACCAAGGUGGAAAAGACAUUGAGGACUUCAACCUUUUCCUCAUCAUCUGUCAGUAGGUGCCUACCCCACACUUUCCCUGAUCUUCUGUUUGUUGCUAACAUACUUGCAGAAACCCCUCUUGCAGAAACCCCUUCAUGUCCCUUGCUAUCUGUAACUCCAGUUGUGCUGCUUUGGCCUUCCUGAUUUCAUCCCUGCAUGCCUAAGUAACACUCACUUGUACUCCUCUCUUGUCAUUUGUCCAAGCUUCCACUUCUUGUAAGCUUCCUAUUUGUGUUUAAGUUCACUGAAGAGUUCUCUGCUAAGCCAAGCUGGUUGCUUGCAAUACUUAUUAUUCUUCCUGCACAUUAAGAUGGUUUGUUCCUGUGUCCUUAGCAAGGUUUCUUUAAAAUACAACCAGCUCUCCUGGACUCCUUUUCCCUCUCAGACUGGCCUUUCAAGGGACCCCUGCCCAUCAGUUCCCUGAGGGAGUCAAAGUGAUUUUUUUUUUUUUUUUUUUUUUUUUAAGUCCGGGGUCCAGACUGUGCUGCUCUCCUUUCUUCCUUUUGUCAGGAUCCUAAACUGGAUCAUCUCAUGGCCGCUGCUGCCCAGAGUGCCAUCCAUUUCUACAUCCCCAUCAAUUCCUCCCUGUUUGUGAGCAUCAAGUCAAGAAGAGCAUGGCCCCUAGUUACUCUCCAACACUUGUACUAGGAACACUCUCCAGAAAGUUCCUAGAUUGCCUGUGCACUGCUGUAUUGCCCUCCCAACAUAUGUCAGAGUGACUGAAGAUCCUCAUGAGACCCAGGGCCUGUGAUCUGGAAACUUUCACUGGUUGUCUGAUGAAAGCCUUAUCUACCUCAUCCUCCUAGCCUGGGGGACUAUAGUAGAUGCCCACCAUGACAUUACCCUUCUUGCUCCCCCCUCUGACCUUGUUACACAAAUUGCCAAUUUCUUAAAUCGCGAGUGAGACCUUAUAAGGGAGGAUAAGGCAAGAUGCCACAUUUAUUGAUUUUAAGCGCUUAAUACACCCCCCCCCCACAUCUAUACCCCAAUUUCUGUUCUGCAUUGGUUUACAUUAUCAGUACUUGGAUCAACAUAGUGGCCAGCCAAGAUGAUCACAAGUAAGGAGCCAGGCUCCUGCUGGUCCAUCUCGUCAGACGAACCGAUGCUCCAGUAUGACAUGCAGAACGAGACCCAAAAUUAAUAUGUCUCGCCCCAUCUUUUAUAGCCUUGUCAAUUCACCCAAUUCUCUGGGCUUUUGCUGUAUUCCUUGAAGGUUGGUUGCCAUUGUUCUUGGCAUGGAUUCUUCUUCUUGUGGUCUUCAGUCUGUCUGCAUUCUUCAGCCAGUCACAAAAUGCUUUGGUUUUUCACAGGUACACUCUCAUCCAUUCUCUCACACAUACAGCGUACAAAGAUUGAACACUUAUGUCAGGCUACAGAGCAAUACAAAAUGGAGUUUCUUAAGACAAUGCAAAACUCAAGAAAAUACAUAAGAUUAAAAGCAAUAGGUAAAAAAGGUCUAUGUGUAUAACAUCCUUAACCCAAAGACUUUCAGCAGGUCUAUCUCCAGUUUGGUAGUGGAGCUCUGAGCAGUCAUACAGCUCUUUUACAUAAAAUGCUGCUAUUCCUCCUCUUCUCCCUUGCCUGUCCUUCUUGAAUAGUUUGUACCCAUCCAUGAUAGUAGUCCAACCAUGCGAGCUAUUCCACCAAGUCUCUGUUAUUCUAAUCAUGUCAUAGUUUUUUGACUGUGUGAGGACUUCCAAUUCUUCCUGCUUGUUUCCCAGGCUCUUUGCACUCAUAUAUACCUCUCCUGGGCCUGGACUUGCUAGGCCCCCUUGUUAGAGCCUUUUGUGGUACCGAUUAUUGUGGUGCUCUCAGUACAACAUGUGUUUUUCAUGAACAUUACAUUAGUGGAUUUAUCUAAACAUCCCUGUGAAAUUGGGUGGUGGUAUUCCCACAUUACAGCUGGGAAAUUGAGGCAGAGAAAAAUUCCAGCCAAAAUAAAAUGUGUGAAUUUUUGGAUGUUCGGAUUCUCAGUGCCAAGAAUUUUGUAAUCCUUCAUGUGUUGGAGCACAAUCCAGUCAACCCGCAGUCAUGAGCACUCCAGCUUAAUGUAAAUCUGUUCCAAGUACCUCACAUUGUGUGCCCCACCCCCAUACACACACUUUUUUUUUUCUUCUGGGGUGCCUGUGAAGUUCCGUAAAGUUUCUUCUGGAGGCUGCAUGUAAAGCUCAGUUUUAAAUAAAAGCAUGAGUUCACCGGGAAUGCUGUGGCUAGAAGCCGGGAUAGAAUCUCGUCCUCAAGAGUAGUAUUCAGCUAUCUAUUCAGGGGUUCUAAACCUUGUUAGACUAAAAACACCCCUCAGAAAAUGCUCUUGCCCUCACUGGUUUUUGGACUGGAAAAACAAUAGAGCAACAGUUCACCUCGUGGAGCAACUGCUUCACCAGUCCAGCUGGCACAAGGGGUAGUGUUCCCAGGUACCAAUUGGCUGGGCCCCAGAAGCUCCUGAGAGUGAGUAGCCCUGAGCUUGAUGGGGCUACUUGAUGGGGACAAGACAGGGCUGCUUUUUAUACUGCUGGGGACCAUACAGGUGCUGGCCCUGGGCUCUAGCUCCUGUUGGCUGCAGAUCUGGGAGGAGCCAGGCAGGGUUAUUUUGCCCCACAGCAAAGUGCAUGUCUGAGCACAUGCGCUGAGGCAAAAUGCCUCGGCUUAAAUUUGCACCACUUCUGUUUGAGCUGCUGCAAGCGCACGUGCUUGCAUGCGUGGACACGCCAUUGGAGUCUCAGAAUAGCAGUCUUUCUAUGCCUGAAGAAGGAUGAUUGCACCCAUAAGCUUGCGAAGAACCUUUUUCCAACUACUCAGUUGGUUUAAUAAAAGAUAUCGCAUCUACCCAAAGACUUUGCCUGCCUGUUUCCUUAGACCAGUAUGGACGGCUAUAAUCAAUAACCCAGUGGCAGGUAGCAACACCUAACAAUGCUAGUAUUGAAUGGCACCCUGGGUGAUAAUCACUGAUUUAAACCUUGAUCACGCUUUCUCUUCCUGCAGUUCUCUGUAACUCUUUAUAUGCUUUCCAGUGUCGGAGAAAAUGGUCCUUCAAAUAACGUCCUUCCUGACACACUAGUGAUUCAUCACCAGAUCACUCUUAGUCUAAUGUGCUGAAUGAGAGGGGUCUUGUGGGGGAGGCAGAGGGGGAGGGAAUGGGUUUGAUUAUGUAACACAAUGCACAUAUAGAAGGGGAUCAUAUUAAGUUUGUCAUUGGGCAUUUCCUAAAUUUUGACUGCUUGACAUGAUAACCUUUAAUGUAAUAAAUGGAUGGAAUAAAUAUUUAUAUUUGGAUAGACCUAGAUGACUCCUUCAGGAGCUCAGCAAGGAGAUACUGGGUUUUCAUUGCUUAGAAUUAAUUAUUAAUAAAAUAAUUUUUGCUUAGAACUGCUUUUUUCUUGUAAGUGAUUCAUGAAAUCUUUAUGAAGGUUAUAUCAAUUUGAAAGCUUAUAGUAUCUUCUAAAAGCAACCUUGAUCCAAUUUCAGUUUCAUAAGAUGUAAAAGAUUUGCUACCAGGAGGCACUAAGUACACUGAUGCUGUGCUUCAGAAAAAUGUCUGUUUUAUUUAAUAUUUAACAAGUAGCGAUUCCUGCUUGGUUUACCUUUGACCACUAAACUAGUUUCCUUAAUUACAGAUGUUUUAAAUAUAGUACAGAAAGGUUCUGGCCUCUCUGUAAUUUUAAUAGUACAGCAUAUGUGUUUUAGGGCCUGAACUGAACCUGAAUUUGAAUUUGUCAACUAAUAUUGGUUGUAUGUAAGGCUUUUUCUUCCCAAACUCUCUUAAGUACUCUUAAAUUUUUCCUAGCAAAGCUUUGAGCUAGUAGAGGCUUAAAAACAUUUAUGGAUUCUCACUUUUAUAUAUCUACCUAUCCUCUAAGUGUUCGUUCCACAAUAUAUGGUAUUGGCAAAAAUAAAGGUGGAACUCGCACAUUUCAUUGAAUUGGUAAUUUAAAGCUUCCCACCCAUUCAUCCACAGUACCUUUUGUAAAGCAUUUUUGUUCUUUUUUUUUUUUUUUUCUUCUUCUUGCCAUGUUUAUGCAAACUAGUGACUAGUAUUUCUGAGAAUAUAAAAGGAGAUAUCGGUAUUCCAAAACCUUUUGAGUAAUAAUUGAAUGAUUACUGUGAUUUCUGUUCAAACCUUGCUACUUUGAAAAACCCACAAUUCCUGUCUAUAACAAGCUAGUCUGUACCCUGCUGUUGAAGUAAAAUAAUUCAGAUCUGGGAUGAAGGUCAUUAUUUAGAGAGUACACUGUUUCCAAACAUUAUUUGGCAGAAUCCACAGUUAUAACAAAGUAUUUCAACCCAGCUAACAGGAUUUCCUUUCAUUUUUCUCUGCCAGCUUGGUUUUAAAAUUGAGCUCAAAUAGUGUGUUCUUGUUUGUUGUUAAAUGACUGACUUAGCUUUUGAAAAUAUGUCUGUGUAAUUUCUAAAAUCUGUGGUGAGAUUUCUGGUCUGUUUCCUAUUAGAGAUGGCACCAUCAUUUGAUUUAUUUUUCUUCCUGUGCAGUUAAGAAUUCUGAAAGUUUUCAUAUUUAGCUGCUCCUAAGGAGCAGUUUUGUAUUGAUAUUUAUGAGUUUGGAAACCUGAUCUGAAAUAACACUGAACUUCAUUAUAAUGACAACAUUUGAUCCAAUGGGGUAUAGAUUUAUGAGACGGUACAGUUAAGCCUGUAAGAAUCUUGAUAGGGGCUUAGUAAUAAAACAUUACAAAUCAAAGUAAUAUUGUUCAAGAUUGUAGUUAAGCCCUUCCUUGACUUUUAUUCAAGUCAGGAUACAUGCUUGACUACAUACUACAUUCAGCAUAACUUCAGAGAAAAUUUAGAAAGGUGGAAUGUUGAAAGUAUUAGCCCAAAUACAUUUGCCAGAUUUCAAAAAGUGGCAUGGUGACAUCUUUAAUGAUCAAUAACACAUGCAAUCUCUACUUACCUAAUUUCCCCAAAUUUAGCAGUCUUAUCCUCUGCCUGCAUUAAACCAUUGUUUUGUAUUAUGGCAGAAAAAUCUAAACUGAAGAGAAAGGAGAGGGAACUAACAAGUAGUUGUGGAUUCAUUUAAGUUUAAAGGCAUUUUCAUUUUGUCCAAGUACUCAAGAACCUCUUGUUUGGAUUCUGAAACUAAGCUAUAAUUGCGGCCAUUAACUUUUACUACAGAUGUGACUCAUUUCCCCCUUCCCCCCCCACCCCCCAUGGGCUUCUUUAAGGAGUUGGCUGUGUACAAGAACCCAUGUUUUGAUUUGUAGCAUGAUGAGUUUGGGCAAGAACUUUAAAACAAAAAAAAAAAGGCAUCUUAUUACAUCAGAUUCCAGAUUCAAGGCUGUAGUGGGUGGGGUUCAGUUGAGUGCUGACUGCAAAAAGGAUAUUUAAAAGAUUUUUCUAUGUUCAGCUGCUGCAGGAGACUAUUAGUUGGCUCACAGAUACAACAGGCAGUCUUUGCUGCCUGCAGUGCUAACACUGUAAAGGACUCCUGCAAGCAUAUAUUAACUGUUUCACUGCUGAUGUUUCUGUCACCAUGCUCUUAUAUUGAUAGUACAUUGACCUUCCUGGAAUUACAGAAUAUGGAAAUGUUUCUUGUUUGAGUGGCAGUCAUCAGGGUUAUAUGUUAGGUUAUUUUAAUAUGUAGAGUAUGGGUGUCCCUAUCGUGUCUAGCACAUUGGGAUUCUGGAAUGUGAUAGUUGUUCCUGGGUGCUACUGAGCAAACUGUUUUCUGGAAUACCAUAAUCUCAGAAUAACAAACACUCUAGUGACUGCACACAGUUACAGUAGCCUAUCAUCUAACUUUCAGUAUUUACUGAUCUGUUGAUUCUCAUUUUGAGAAUCAGUGUGGCUAUAUCUCUGUUAAUGGUACCUAAGAACACAAAGCAAGGAGUGCAAAAAAAAGAUUGCAUGCUUAGCUUUAAAUUAUUUCCUUUGUGCAAGUCUGAUAGUUUUUAACUGUGCAAUAGCAUUCUGUUUGCAACGUGUACAUUUGUCUACCAUGUUUAAUAAUCAUGUAAUAUUAAUUAAUUUCAUAUACACAGACACAAUUUUCAUUAUCUUCACAGUGUAUCUUACAUAUUACUUUAAAAAACAUUUAAAUUUGGAAUUGAUUGUUCUCAAAGGUCUUUUUGUAAGAGAGAGAUAUACGGUAUAUCUUUUCAACUCUUCCAAAGAUGGUGUGCAGUGGACAAUAACUAAUUUUGAAUCUUAAGUUGUUUAUUCAUGCCAAAAACCUCUCUUUUCUGUUCUAUAUUAUGUUGUACAGACAUGAUUAAAUUACUUUUAAUUGACUUAA